UAAGCCGGUAGUUUUGUUAAAACAGUGACCACACUAUCCACUUUCGCACUCUGACAUUUGUUUUUGCGAAGAAAGUUCGUGUUUUUACGAAGCACGUUAAAAAAAAAUAAAGGGUACCGGGUUGAAAAAUGCCGCUGAAAUAUUUUGUAUUCAAAUUUCUGUUUUGGUUUUGCACUAUUGCCUUCCCGCACGUAACCGCCGAAGACGACAACCUUCUGCCGAAGUUUUCCCUUGAACCAUUAAGCUUCGAGCAAUGCCGACUGCAGUUUACCGACUUCUGUCGACCAUGGCAACACCAUUACGAUUACUGCACCGGUUUCAAAGGUCUGGCCAUUCGGUGCAGUGGGCCCAACAUUUCCGAAAGCCAGCUAUCGGACAUAGCCACGGCUAUAUCCCAACCGCCACUGCGGGCGGUCCACGUCCAGCUUCCGGAUGGGGCGUAUAUUACUCCGUUCGCCAUGCGCCCUGUCCAAAAUCAGACGGUUAUGAUCGGGGUUGAAGACUGCGUGGAUGCACAGGUUACGAAACGACUAUUUCAUCUGCGACUGCAUAAUCUGCUACAACUUCGUCUGGAGAACUGUUACAACUUAGUACUAGACAAGGCGGACUUUCAGUGGAACCACCAGAUUCGGAUUGUCAGGUUCACCGCAACAACCAUCGCUUCGUUGGAAGCAGGGACAUUCACCGAUUUGCCGGCGCUCAGUAUUUUGUCGUUGGAGUUUUUUGGUCUGUGGGCUGGGGAUUUAACCCAGGAGCAGAAGGAUUACGCCCGAAGGCUCCAUUGUACAUGCGAGUUUGCCUGGUUUCGCCGCUGGCUGGAUGCGAAACCGACACUGUUGCGCCACGUCAAAACCGGUGAAGUGAUCAGGAUAGACGAAUCGUGGGAGAAUAUUGAGUCCACGCGCGAAAGCAUGUAUUUUCCAGUCGACUGCAAUCAGACAGAAAUUCCUAAUCCCGAGCAUAUGGAUUACGACAACCAGCGUCAGUUCUCCAUUAACGAACCGGCUUGCGGCUAAUGCGCGUGAUUACACUGGGUCACAGGCCAAGCAACUGCUAGCGUAUUAAUCUCUUUAAAUGCUGCUUGUAACUUGAAGCCACGGUUAGCGGUUUUGCUUUGAGGAAAUCUUGCUGCCGUGAGGAUUUUUUCCUUCCUGGAUAAACUAUUGACCUUUUGAGUACUAAGUGAAAACUCGCUCUUAAAUUUUCGUACGGGUUUAUACCGUUUAUUUCAAAUCCUUAUUACACUUCACCAAAGAUUAGAUGCUGAAAAAAGGACGUCUGCGGAAUACCAAUCGUAUACAUAUCGGACGAUGUGAUCGAACUCAGCCAAGUCAAAAACGAAGAACUUACUAGGCCAAACAAAU